AAAGGGUCAGUUAGUGGAUUGUGUAACGAAAUAUGUUAGCGUAUAAAGCAAUAUCAUUGGUGACUUGUUUUAACUUUUGAAAACUUCAAAUGGUUAGCAAGUUUUUAAAAAAGCUUUGAUGAACACCUACUCUAAACGAUUGUGUUAAAAUAUGAAAUUGAACCACAGUUGAUACUGAAUUACCGUAACGGAAGAAAAUGAAUUUUCAAGAAAUGACAGCUGAGAAUAUUUAUUUAAACCUUAUGACAAUGCCGAAGAAGGAUUGGGGGAAAGUGAUUGCAACGUUAAAUGAUGAUAGAAGGAAUGCUUUGCUACGCCUUUUACGACAAAAAAAGGGUGAGAAAAUUGAUCAACCAUUGCCCUGCAAAAGCUUAAAAGAUUCGAGUUGUGAGGAAAAAGUGGUCAGUCCACGAGCUUCUUUAACGGUUUGCAAGGAGCAGUCGGAGUCAUCUUGUAAAAGUCCUUCGCAUAAUGAGGCAAUGCUUGAAACUGGUCUACUCUCUGAGCCAACAAUCGACGCUUUUUCAAAACCCCACGACGAUGAGUACAAAAAGGUUUCACCCAUCCUUAUUCCUUUAGAAAAUAUUCAAGAUUUGAUGUUUGUAUCAGGCGAUUCGUGUAGUAUUUUACACGACAGUGAAAUUGUAUUACAACGCUACAUCCAUGUAUGGUUUCACCUUGUUUUGAAAUCAUGGUCUCAAGUUAUUUUUGAAGAAAAUAAAAAAAAAAAUAAAACGAAAAUGUUUGAACAAGUCAAUUUACAUGAUCCAUUGUAUUAUUUCGAAAAAGUGUUUUCUUACGAAUUUUCUUUAUAUAAAGAAAAAGUCAAUUUUCAAAAUUCUGCACGGCAUACAUUAUGGAAACCUGACGCUGAUGUCAACAAUUCACUGGUACAAAAGGAUGUGGAGCACACAAGAAAAGGGUGUAACCAAAGUGUUAUUGGUGAAGGAUCCACGUCUUAUAGGGAAGAAGGCCCUGUAAAAUUCGAGCGCUCCAUUUUUAUUAAUCAUAUAGAGCCUUAUGAUCGUUUUACGAAGCGCCUUAAAACACAGGAUUUACGUACGCAGCAAAUGAACACAUUGGAAUAUCAAAGGUUUUCUAAAGCUCGUGAAGGUGUUUCCCGUACUUUUCGAACAAGUUUUCAUGCCUGGUUGAGAACCACAAUAAAAAACCACAUGCAAUCUUAUGAUUUCGAAUGUUCGAGUAGUCCACCACAAUUGUCAGGCUGUAAUUCCCAGUUUCUUUUAUUUCUUGUGACUGACCGUCUAGCGUCUCUUGUUGAGCUAGCAUACCGCCUUCGGUACUUCAAUGAAACUCUAGCUUUACGUUUGGAGGCUAAACCAUUUGUUUUAUGUGAAGAGUGGUUUACAAGCUCGUUUUCAAGGCUGCAACAACUUUACAACUCAGGGAACGUUAUGAAUGAUGUAUCAACUAUUUUGUUGCAAAAUGAAGGAACCAUAGAUAAAAAUCCGCUCGAGCCCAUCUACUAUCAGCACGCUAUUGCUUUAUACUUGAACGCAGUGGAUCCUAACCAAUUAAAGUUACCUUUUCAAACAUGUAUUCAAUGUUUUCUAGAGAGCUUUGAUUUAUGUUUAUUAAACGACGGUACUAAAAGAAAACGAAAAUAUAAGAAUCCUGGCUCACUGUCUUAUCAAAAUGAGAAUCGGAAAAAAAAAUUAAAUCAACCAAUUAGAGGAAAUGAACCGUGUGAAACGUUACCAGGUGAUCUCAAUGAUUCAUGCCACGACUCGACAAGCGGUAUGAAUCAAUUUUUUGAUCGCCUCAUUGGUCAAAUAUCAGAGAAAAGAUCUUCAACAUUAAAGUUACCUGAGAAACUUGUGGUUUUCGCUUUUUUAAAAUGUCGUGAUAUUUUUUGGAAAUAUCGUCACGAAACUCUUACCACCAUUUGGAAUGCCGUUUACGAACGUUUUCGUAACCAAGCACGUAGCGUGUCGAAAGAUUUUGAACAAUUUCUUCAGGCAUAUAACAAGAUUAUUUAUUCCAUUGAAAAAAUGAAUGACAUUUUAAUAUUCGAGUCAUACUUUAAAGAUUUUUUCAACAUUCAUAACACUCUGGAAAUUUUCUUAUCAAAUGAAAAAAAUGAAAAGAGCUGUAUUCAAAUGAAUACAUCCUGUGAUGCGCUCGAAAAAAACUGUGUUUAAAGUACAAUGAAAAGAGAACUUAUCACAUUAUUGUCGAUUCGUUAUACAAAAAAGAAAUACUGUAAUACUAAA